AUGCAGCUGAUCUAAAAAAAAAAAAUUAAUGUAUUAAAAAUUGCGAUGUUUGUGUUAAUUACUUAGAUAAAUAAGUGCUUUCUUCACUUAAAUGAAAUAAUUUUUAAAACGCGUUAAUGAAAAAUAUUCAUAUUUAAAAAUCAGUAACUUUAUUUUAUCUACGUUUGUAGCACACUUACCAACAUUAAUAAUUAAUUAUAUUCAUCGAAAAAGUUUCAACUAUUUGUGGACCAAUUAUCAAACCAAAAAAGAUGCAAUUAACAGCGGAUCCUCGGCGGGCUGAUCGUGAGCGUCGCUUUAAACCUCCACCACCUACAUCUGCCCCUGCUGAAGAUCUAACUACUGAUUAUAUGAACAUUUUGGGUAUGAUCUUUUCAAUGUGCGGAUUGAUGAUGCGUCUUAAAUGGUGUGCCUGGACUGCUGUCUUCUGUUCCAGUAUUAGUUUUGCAAAUUCCAGAGUAUCUGAUGAUACUAAACAGAUUGUCAGCUCAUUUAUGCUAUCAAUAUCUGCUGUGGUAAUGUCCUAUUUACAAAAUCCUGCACCUAUGUCACCACCAUGGGCAUCUCUAACCACAUAACAAUAGUUUGAAAUUAUUUAAUAAAAAUAUAUUAUAUUUCAUUUUCAAUGUUAAUA